AUGAUAAAAGAAGGAUUAUCAUAUUAUAUUCAAUGUGAAAAAUGCAAAUAAAAAUUUCAUUUGAAUAAAAAGGAAAUAAUAUAUUUGUUUCCACAUUUAUCUGUAUUCAUUAAAAGGGAAUAAUAAACUAAUGCAAAUAUUGUAGAAAAUUAAUCUAAAAAAAACAAUAAUGAAAAUGUUAGAAAUGUUAACUCUUACUUUUCUUUUUUGAUGAAUCUAGACAAAUUAAAUGCCAAAACUGUAAUCUUGUAUAUUGUGAACGUUGUAAGUAAUAACAUUAACUAUUUCCUAAAAAUUUUGCAGAUGUAAAUUAAUUAAAUCCUCUUUUAUUUUUUGUUUUUCUGA